UUGUCUGGGCUUGAACCUGUACUUUACAACUGCUGCAUUAAUUCAUGUUGCUGCUACCUUGGCCCAAAUGCAGACCUAGAGUGUUGUCUCCACUAUGAUGCAUCUCAGUUUUGCCCAUCCAGCUGCAUUGUCCACCAAAAGUUCUUCUACAUCCCUACAAUCCCUCAUCUUGUCCCAUUCUACAAGAACCCAGAGAUGCAUGCCAAAAUGCAGUACUGA